GAGCAGGAGGAGGAAGAGCCGCUGCUGCGGGACAACCCCCGGCGCUUCGUCAUCUUCCCCAUCCAGUACCACGACAUCUGGCAGAUGUACAAGAAGGCCGAGGCCUCCUUCUGGACGGCGGAGGAGGUGGACCUUUCAAAAGACAUUCAGCACUGGGAGUCCCUGAAGCCUGAGGAGAAGUACUUCAUUUCCCACGUCCUCGCCUUCUUCGCGGCCAGCGACGGCAUCGUCAACGAGAACUUGGUGAGGGUGGAGAACCAGCCCUGAGGGAAGCAAGUACAAAUCACAGAAGCUCGUUGUUUCUAUGGCUUCCAGAUUGCCAUGGAAAACAUACAUUCAGAAAUGUACAGUCUUCUUAUUGACACCUACAUUAAAGAUUCCAAAGAGAGGGAAUUUCUUUUUAAUGCUAUUGAAACAUUGCCAUGUGUUAAAAAGAAGGCUGACUGGGCAAUGCGCUGGAUUGGGGACAAGAAAGCAACAUAUGGAGAACGCGUAGUAGCUUUUGCAGCAGUGGAAGGAAUAUUCUUUUCUGGUUCUUUUGCAUCAAUUUUUUGGCUGAAGAAGAGAGGAUUAAUGCCUGGACUCACUUUUUCUAACGAACUCAUCAGUAGAGAUGAGGGCUUGCACUGUGAUUUUGCCUGCCUCAUGUUCAAGCACUUGAUACGCAAACCAUCAGAGGAGAGAGUAAAGGAAAUCAUCAUGAAUGCUGUUCUCAUAGAACAGGAAUUCUUGACGGAGGCACUGCCUGUAAAGCUGAUUGGCAUGAACUGCACUUUAAUGAAACAGUACAUAGAGUUUGUAGCAGACCGGCUUAUGUUGGAACUGGGAUUUAACAAGAUAUACAAAGCGGAGAAUCCUUUUGACUUCAUGGAGAACAUCUCUCUGGAAGGCAAGACCAAUUUCUUUGAGAAGCGAGUAGGAGAAUAUCAGAGGAUGGGAGUCAUGUCAAAGCCCACAGACAACUCUUUCACUCUGGAUGCGGAAUUUUAAAUGGACUGAGACCAUAUGAGUUAGUGUGUAUGCUCCCCUGUUUACAGGGAAACAUUAAAUAUGUUGAGUCACAGUGUGACUUGAUUCCUGUGCUAAAAUCCCACUCUUGAAAAGUGUGGUGAUAUUGGUGCUUUUCGGGAGGCUAGUGUAGCUCCAGCAGUAAAAUCUCUUUUUAUUAGACUUUGCCAAUGGUGUUAAUUCAUAGAAAGUUUAGAUGUAUCUCUUACAAUAUAUGCUACUCCAUUUUGUGAAAGACAUGGACAACUUUCUUCUGCAAGAUGGGAGG